AUGGCGUUUCGGCGCCGCUCUCUGCCUCCGGGGCCCUCGCUUCUCCUGUUCCCGCUCCUCUUCGCUCUCCGCCCGGCGGCGGCGGCGGCGACGCCCGGUGGCUCCCUUUCCCCGCUUCCGGUUUCCCUGGGUCCCCUUCCUCCGUCUCCCUCCUCCGGCGGCCCCUCGCCCUUCUGCCACACGGACUUCGCCUCCGUCCUGCAAUGCUCCUGGGAGACCGGGCCCGAGGUCUCCGCCCGCGACUGCGCCACCGACUUCCGCCUCCGACACAGCGCCCACGGCGGCGUCGCCCCUCCUCGGUACAAAGAAGCCGCGACCCCGGCCCUCCCGACUCUCUCCCUCUCUCCCCCCAGGCAACCCCCGGAGGAGAAAGAAGAGGCCGCCCCCUGCGGCCCCGAAGAGCCCGAGGAGGCCGGGUCCCCCGGGCUGUGCUCGUGCGCCUUCCGCUCGGACGUCUUCCGCCUGGUCCAGUUCCGCCUGGCGCUGGAGCGGAGGGAGGCCGGGGGCCGAUGGAGGACCGUCUGGAGCCGCUCCCUGGAGCCCGAGGGUGUAGUGAAGCCCCGGGCGCUGGUCAACCUGACGGCCGAGAAGACGGACCGCUCCUUCGUCCUCUCCUGGCGCUGGGACUACCCUCCGGAGAGCUACCUGUGGGAGGCCAAGGCCGAGUACCAGGUGGCCUUCUGGCCCAAAGGCCAAGAGGGGCAGGUAAUAAGCACCACAUCAUCCACGGCCAGCUAUGAAAUCUUUGGGGACCGCCUGCUGCCGGCAUCUGACUACGUGGCCAAAGUGCGGUUCAGAUUGGAAGUGUGGGGGAACCUCUGGAGCAAGUGGAGCGCCCCCCUCGAAUGGCACAACGAGUUUGGAGAGGAGCCCUGGAAGCUGACACUCUGGUCCUGCAUCCCAAUUGUGGCCGUGCUUUUAACCUGUUACCUGUCCAUCACCAGGGUGAAGAGAGACUGGUGGGACCAGAUCCCAAGCCCCGCCAAGAGCAAGAUGGCCCAGAGCAUGAUGAUGUUUCCUAUUGUGAGGAAGAUUCCCUGCAAAGCGAGAACCUUCCUGCUGGGGUCAAGCCAAGGGGAUGGCAAGGACUCUCUGAGCAAAACCGCUGCUGCCACUGUCUUCGCUCCCUCUAUGCUGCAGGAGGUGGUCCCUGGCAGUGGAGGGAACCCUGGGCCAAAACCAGAGAUCUUCCUCACGCCAGAAGUGGCAGUGGUUGAAUGCCCACUGGUGAUCUGCAGCCGUGCAGCUGAGGCCAAACCUGAGUGCUGGAAGGAGGAAGCUGAGGAGGAACAGAUUCUGCGCCAAGACAUGGUGGCCUGUCUCUUCCAGGACCUUCUCAAUGGAGAAUUCAGCACUGGAGAUGCCAGGGUCCUCGAGGCUCCGGCUACUGGAUGUUGGGGGGAUCUUGGGAACUCUGGAGGCCUGGCUCUGGGGAGACUCCCAGGUGCCCCCAACUUUCCUCCAGGGGCCUCUUCUGAAUCCGGCUACCAGAGCUCUGGUGGCACAGAGGCUGUGCUUCCUCCUCCGCUGGAGAGCCCGACUGGGCCUGAAUGCGAUUCGGGUCAAGAUUGCACCUCCCCUUCGCUGGACACACACAACUACAGAUCCAUCAGCAGCCUGGUAACCCAGCCAGUGGCUACCUCCAGCCAUGUAGAGGAUCCACCUUACAGCAGCCAAACCCAGCCAUGCAGCCCUCCACCUGAGCUCCAGGACACCCUCCCGGCAAGUCCAGGCACCCUGUGGCUCUCCACGGCAGCUCCUACUUUGGCCCCUCAGCAAGGGGGAAGCCCAGGACUCCCCACUUGGGUGGUCCCAGGAAAGCUGGAGGGCUUUUCUUGCCACGCAGCCUCUCUCUUGUCCGGCUACCACUCCUUCACUUCUGCCCUUCAGGACCGCAGCCCAGCUCAGGAGGGUGACAGCUACAAGCCCCUCCUCAGCCUUCUCAGGAGCAAUGAUGGUGGCCCCUUCCCUCUUGAGGGGAGCCUAGGGGCAGAGGGUGCAGCCUGGCCAGAGGACCCCUGCCACCCCAGGCCAGGCCUAAGUGGUGCUGCUGGUGGGGGGAGGGAGGGCUAGCCUUGGACUUGAGGGGGGCUAAGUGGGGGCUGGAGGCUGCCCUCCUCUUCCAUUACCUCCAUUUCCACUAGACCCGGGUUGCUCCAGCCAUUCUCCCUUGUUUCCUGCCUGAAUGCCUCAUGGCAACUGGGGACGGGAGGCCUAUAUUGAGGUGGGAGAAAUUGGAGUAUGCAGAGGAAUGCGGCUCCCACCCUCCCCUGCAGUGGCUUCCAACAUUUCCUGUACCCCCCAACUUGCCACCUUCUGGCUGGGGGGGGGGGGAUAGAGCAGCAUCUGGGUCCAAAGCCCCCACCCGGUUGGGGAAUGGUCAAGAGCAUUAAAGGGUUUUUUUUUCUCCAGACAGCAUGCCUCCUCCUUGCUUGCAGCACCUCUGCCACAAAAGAAAAUGCCUAUGUUCCCCACCCACCCACUGUGCGCAUGUACUUAAGCUGGGGAAAGCCCCUCUCAGUGAUUAUGGGUUUCCCAGAAGGAGCAGCCACCCAAGACGUGGGGGGGGGGGCACGCACUCAGGAACCCAACGCCCACAAAAAAGGGAGGGGCAUGGCUGCUGAUUCGCCUACUUGCUGUAUGUUUUCUUACAAGCAGUGAAAAUGCAUAAUGGCAACACCACCAACUAAA